AUGAGAAACUCCAUCUUUUCCAAGGGCCGACAAAUAAGCGGCGGCUUGUGCGACGCAUGCAAGCAGCAGCACCGACAACGGCGGUCUCUGAGCAUCGCAUCCUCGUCUCGUGCCGCCACUGCUGCCGCCGCCCGGCAUACGUCGCCGUCUUUGUCGGCACCCAGUUCAGCGUCCAAGGUCAACAACACCCCUUACCGGUCGGCGCGCCCUUUCUCAACGUCUAGAAUCCUAAGGACCGAGUCGACUGCAAACGCACAAGCAGAAGAAACCGCGACUUCCACGAGCGCCGCCACGGCACCCACGCCGCAGACACACUAUGACUUUUUCCCCGACUCCCUGCCCCAAGGCCCGCCGCCAAAGGGCCCCUUCAGCAUCGACGUGCGGACGCUGCGCCGCGAGUUCCUCCAGCUGCAGUCGCGCGCGCACCCGGACCUGCACCCGCCGCACCUAAAGUCGCGCGCCGAGGCCACGUCGGCGCGCAUCAACGAGGCCUUUCGCACCCUCGCCAACCCGCUCCUGCGCGCCCAGUACCUCCUCUCCCUGCAGUACGGCCUCGACGUGGCCGCCGACGAGACGGCCAAGGUCGACGACCCGGAGCUGCUCAUGGAGGUCCUCGAGGCCCGGGAGCAGAUCGAGGACGCCGAGGACGAGAGCGAGUUGGAACCCUUGCGCGCCGCUAAUGCUGCGCGCGAAGAGGAGAGUAUUGCCGAGCUGGAGCGCGCGUUUGCCCAUGCGGAUCUCGAGGCUGCGGUGCGCGAGUGCGUCAAGUUGCGGUAUUGGGUCAAUAUCCGCGAGAGUAUUGAUAAUUGGGAGAGGGGCAAGCCCGUGGUGCUUGAGCACUGA